AUGGCGUUAAGGUGGUUUAUGUUACAUCUACUUUUCGGUGUUGGCUUAAUGGAUACUCAGAAGCCGAAUAUCAUCGUAAUUAUGGCAGAUGAUAUGGGCUUCAAUGAUGCAGGAUUCCAUGGCAGUGAUGAAAUUCCAACUCCUAAUAUAGAUGCUUUAGCUUACAAUGGAGUAAUUUUAAAUAAGCAUUACACUCAAGCAUUGUGCACCCCAUCAAGAGCUGCUUUCCUCACUGGAAAAUAUCCCAUACAUACAGGUAUGCAACAUUUUGUGAUACUAGAGAUGGAACCUUGGGGACUACCUCUGAAUGAAACGAUAAUGCCACAACUUUUAAAACAGAACGGGUACACUACGCAUGCUGUUGGAAAGUGGAACUUGGGUUUUUUCAAAAAAGAAUAUACACCGACUUUUAGAGGAUUCGACACACAUUAUGGAUAUUGGCAAGGGUUCCACGAUUACUACACGCAUAUGAACAAAGCAUCGUGGUCAACCGAAAUUGGUUACGACUUCAGAAGAAAUCUUGAUGUCGACUACGAUGCUAAAGGCAAGUACAGUACGACGUUAUUUACUAAUGAAGCUGUGAAAUUAAUACAAGAACAUGAUACGAAUAAUCCGAUGUUUUUGUAUUUGGCCCAAAUUGCACCGCAUACUGCAAACGAGGAGGAACAACUGCAAGCACCUGAUGAAGAAAUUGCUAAAUUUGCUCACAUUAAAGACCCAGAACGACGUAUCUACGCAGCCAUGGUUUCCUUGUUGGAUCAAAGCGUUGGAACGGUGAUAGCGGCUCUACGAGAAAAGGGAAUGCUGCAAAACUCCGUGAUUCUCUUUUUUUCGGACAACGGAGCCGCAGAAUUCGGUUCAAAUUAUCCCUUUAGAGGGAAAAAAAAUACGGCAUGGGAAGGAGGUAACAGAAAUCUAGCAGCAAUAUGGAGUCCCCUCAUUCAAAAACCUCAAAGAGUUUCCAAUCAUUUGAUACAUGUCACCGACUGGUUACCAACAUUCUACUCCAUAGCUGGUUUAAAUAAAACGCAAAUUCCAAAUAUCGAUGGCCUUGAUAUGUGGGAAUCAAUUUCCAAAGACAAAGAGAGUCCAAGAACAGAAAUGGUCUACAAUAUCGAUACUAUUAGGAAGUGGGGAGCAAUCAGACAAGGUGAUUGGAAAUAUAUAUACGGCUCUACACGUACAAAAAAGAAUUCGUGGUUUGGAAAUGACGGCAAAAAAAAGGAAUAUUCUUACGACGUCGACCAAAUAUUAACUUCAAAAACAGCGACAGCCUUCGCUGGGCUAAUAGCCGACCAACAGAUUAAUGAUAAGAACUCAAACAGGAGAAAGAGAAGAGAACUUAAAAUAAUCGAUAAAAAUGAUAUUGAAACGUUAAGAACGCAAGCCACAGUUACUUGCGGGCCGUUUAAUUUUGAAGAUCAACAAGAAGAGAAUAAAUGUAAUCUUCAACUUCCGUGUUUAUUUAACAUAAAGCAAGACCCUUGCGAAAGAGUAAAUCUAGCUAAAUCUAGACCGAACAUCGUGAGAAAACUAAAAAAACUUCUUCUGGAUUACAGCAAAAACAUACUACCUGCCCUAAAUAAAGAUCGAGACCCCAGGGCGAAUCCUAUAAACUGGAAUAACACUUGGUCCAGUUGGCUAGAUUCCGAUUAUGUUGCUAGAAGUAAACUACCAAACAGUUUUAAGACUACUUCGGCGAUGAAUAUCAUUAUAAUUGUAGUUUCCUCUAUAACGAUACUUUUUAUUGGAUUUCGUUUAUCUUCUAAACUAUCUGAUACCAAAGCGAAAAAGAGAGAACAGAAACAAAAAGAUAAAACGUUCUUAAGCAAUAAUAGUGUUUAG